GUUAUCUUUGGAUGACAACAAUGCCAAUGAAUUAGGCCUACAUAGCUAGCUAGCUUGUUAGCGGAGCUGAUGUUAAGCAGGUUAGCUAACGUUAUCAUUUUGGAAAUUACUGUAGUUAACCAAGCCAGGUAACGUUACCUAGCAACUUUAGUCCACAUUUGGCAAACCGUCAAUGUGAAUAUUUUGGCAUUGAAACUAGCUAGCUAACUACAGCUAGCUAAUGUGAUGGAGAUGUGUAAAAAGAAACGUUAGGGAACUUCACUUCCUUCCUAACAUAGCAAAGACUUAAGAAGAGCAACUACCACCCCACAGAGUCGGUAACCAGAGACAGGUUCGAGGUCCGCAGAGAGACAGCUGUGAGCGAGUCACUGACCACGCACUAUCGGCGGGUUUGCGUUUUUAGACACGGUGGGGAAAAGAAGUCCCGUGCUCUGUGUCGUUUAUUCAAUGACAACUUGAAAGUAAAUUGUUUCCCCUGACGUCUUGUCCUGUUGUCCAGCUCGUGGAGGUUGGUAAACCCCACUGGUCAAGCCAAGCAAUGGCGCCCUCUCUCCUCCAGGCCUAUAGGAGGCGCUGGUGGAUGGCUGUGACGGCGGUGUUGGAGAACCUGCUGUGUUCUGCCGUGCUGCUGGGAUGGGGCUCCCUCCUCCUCAUGCUGAAGGGCGAGGGCUUCUACUCACACCUCUGCUCAGAGAACGACACGAAUGCCCACGAGCUGGCGGUGGGCAACAUGUCCUCCUGGGAGAGUGGUAACUGGGUGAGCUGUGUGGACCAGGAGGAGAUGCUCAACCUGGGCUUCACCAUCGGCUCCUUCCUCCUCAGCGCUGCCACCCUGCCCCUUGGCAUCCUCAUGGACAAGUACGGCCCGCGCCCACUACGCCUCCUUGGCAGUUUUUGUUUUGGUCUCUCCUGUGCCAUAAUGUCAAUAUCAGCGUAUGAUCCUCAUCGGCUCUCCGCUCUCAUCUUUCUGGCCCUCUCCUUCAACGGCUUCGGAGGAAUCUGCUUGACCUUCACCUCCCUCACGCUACCCAACAUGUUUGGCAGUCUGAGCUCCACAAUCAUGUCUCUGAUGAUUGGCUCCUACGCUUCCUCAGCUGUCACCUUCCCUGGAGUCAAGCUGAUCUAUGAUGCGGAUGUGUCGUUCCGGGUGAUCAUGUGGGUGUGGUCGGGUCUAGCAGGCUUAGUCUUCCUCAACUGUUUCCUCAACUGGCCAGUGGAGGCCUUCCCCACACCUGACGAGGUCGACUACAGUAAGAAGUUAGCGCUGACUUAUGUGUCUGGGGACCAUAAGGGUGUGGGAGAGAGGUUGAGUCAGAAGAAUGGAAGCCUGAACGGAGACCUGAAACACGCCACUGAGAAACUCCCAGCUGACACACAGAAUGUCAUUCCAUUCCGUAGGUCGGUGUUCUCGCCCAUCUUCCUAUGGAGUCUGGUUACCAUGGGGAUGACCCAGCUCAGGAUCAUUUUCUUUAUGGGCGCCAUGAACAAGAUGCUGGAGUUUCUCGUCACCCACGGCGACCCUCACGCUUCUGAGGAGUUGAUCGUCGAGGCAAAGGAGAAAGUGAGUUUCUACUCGUCCAUCUUUGGCACCCUGCAACUGCUCUGCCUGGUCACCUGUCCUGUGAUUGGCUACAUCAUGGACUGGAGGAUGAAGGAGUGUGUGGCAGAGACAGAGAAGAGACCAGCAGACGGGCCGACGAGAGACAAAAAGAUCCAGAAAAUCACCAAUGCCAUGAGAGCCUUCAUCUUCACCAACCUGCUACUGCUGAUGUUCGGAGUGUGCUGUCUGAUAGACAACCUGCAACUUCAGAUCCUGACCUUCAUCCUCCACACCAUGGUCAGAGGUUUCAUCCACUCCUGCUGUGGAGGCCUGUAUGCUGCUGUGUACCCCUCUAACCACUUUGGUACUCUGACUGGGCUGCAGUCGAUGAUCAGUGCUGUGAUCGCCCUGCUGCAGCAGCCCCUCUUCGUCGUCAUGGUGGGAUCCCUGCACGGAGACCCCUACUGGAUCAACCUGGGCAUGAUCCUCUUCUCAUUGGGUGGCUUCCUGUUGCCUGGAUACCUGUUCUACCAUCGCAGACACCUGAUCCAGGAGAAGGAAGCUCGAGAAAAGAAUGCCAUUGGCCAGGAGAGCGAGGCUCUCAACCACUCAGAGCACAACGGCCUCAAACACCAUAGCAACGGUCACAGCAUCCAGUAAGCAUAGGAAGUGGUUCUGGAGCAAUGCUAAGGAUUGUGGGAACUGUAGGAUUAUUUGUGUCAAUGUCCAUGGUAUCCACAAAAUCAGCAACAACAAUAUCAUGUUUUUUUUUUUUGCAUUGUAAGGAUUAUUGCUGUUGCUGUUUUUGUUGACCUUUUCUGUUGACUAAACCAUAUAAUUUUUGUCUUGAUAGGAGACGUUUUUUAUUUUAUUUUAUGCUCUUUAUUUUAUUUUAUUUUAUUUGGGUUCAGUUCAGAAGAUCCAAAUGACUUGUUAAAAAGCCACGUUACUUUUCACUAGUCACAAGCAGAUACUCACACACUCAUGUCUGUGUUGCUAGGCCAAAACUUCUAAGGUACUUGAAAAACCCUUCAGUGGCGUGUUAAUCCUUUAGUAUUACUCAAUCCAUGCUGACAGAAAACACACACACAACACCAAAGAAUGAUAUUCAGAUAAUAUGAAUUCUGCAGCUUCUGCUGAAACCAAAAAAAGCCAUUCAUGAUAGUGUCUAUUGAUGUAAAUCAAAUACACUGGGUGUCAUAUACAAAAAAGGAAUCAAAAUGACAUCUAAGAAAGUCUGAAUAACACAUCUAUAUAAAGAUAAAUAUAUUUUGUCCAAACAAAUGUAUUAUCUGUAUGGCCCUGACACGCCUAGAGCACGUAUGAAGGUAGUGACACGUUUUACUAUGAAGCUUGGGGAAACCAGAGCCAUGCACACUUCAUCCAGCCAUGAGGAAUGCUACAAUUUGCUAUACCAAAUAUAUAUUGCCAUCAUAUUUUUCUCAGAACAUUUCUCUUAUUGCAUCAACAAACAUACAUACAUACAGACCGACUGUAGAGAAACUAACUACCUCGUCUUUUCCCCAACCGUCUCUCUACAAUCAAGACCCGUCUGUGUGUAUGUAGUGUGUAGAUUUGACUUUUCAUUGGUCAGUUUAUCAUCCAUUAACCAUGAAAUACAUAGAUAUUCUAUGCAUAGAUUGUUUAAAGAUUUAAGAAGUGUAGUCAAUUGGUCAUUCUCCACUGAACACACAUUUCAGAUGUUUUUAAAUAGGAGAACAUGAACUUGUGGGACACUUGACUUGACCCCCAAAGCCAAGACUGAUUUGAAGGUUUUAAAAGUAGACACGUAGAAUGGUAGUGUCUACUGUGUGAAGUACUUUACAGCUUUGUGCACAGGAAUGAACUUGUGUGUGUAAAUAAAUAUGUAUUUAAGUGUAUUUUUGUACCUUUUAGCUGCAUAUGUGUUAAAAAGGGGAAUUGUGUGUUAUUGUUAGCAGAUGUAUUCAUUGUGGUGCCAUGAAUAUAACUGUAAUUCUGAUGUAUUUUCUGCUUUUGCUGUGUUCUCUACCCUGUUACAGAGCUCAUGUAUAUUGUAGAGCCAGGAGUUUUUCCUGUCAACAUGUCCUGACCGGGGAAAUCUCUGGGCCCUACAUAUACACAAAGCUCUGACCUACAGUGACAGUUUUUGUAAAUAUAGCUGAGGUUUUUUUCUCUUAUGCAAAUGCUUCUGGUGUAAUGCUCCACGGUACAUAUGAUGUCACCAAAGAGAUGUGUAACACAACACUAUUGGCUGAGAAGACACCCAAUGUUCUCAAUAUAAAUAGUCUGAUGCAUUUCUAUUAUGCAACUGUUAAUGAUGUGAAUCAUUACUAUAUAGUGGGGAAGGGGGGAUUGAAAUACAGUGUUAUUUUUGUAUGAACUCAGUGCCAUAGAAUUUAAUGUAAAUCCACAGCGACAGACAGUACCAAACGUCCCCUGGGAAACCAAAUCCAUGUUGAGAAUGUGGGAGCCCGUUCUAGUCAUUCUAUUUCUAUGGGCUGCUAAACCAUAUGAAAUAUAGGUUAUUUUCUAUUUUUCAAAGUGUACAGCACUUUUCCUCAGGGACAUGUAGCUAUGUCAUAAUGAAAUGUAUUGUAUCUAAUCCCCUCCCUAUCAGGCUCCUGUUUAUAGCUUUGGUGUGUCAGAAGUGAUAUGCAUCUUUUCUUUCUGCCAUGUCUCAUUUGGGGACUAAAACAAGCUUUAAGUCUGAUCAAAUAAAUAAACAAAAUGUAAGAAA